CCUUAGCUACAAAGGUAGAUCCUUCAACUAUUCAACAUCUCUUCAUUAUUUCGCUCUUUGCAGCUCCUUCGCGAACAACAUUCAUCAUGACUUCGUUCCUUGGCGAUUUCAACUCCUCCAUCUUAGCCCUACCUGCCUACCAUAUUCUCUCAUUCCUUCCACAUGCAUAUGCAGAAUAUGUAGCCACUCAGGGUAACCUCCUCAAGUGGGACAAUCGCAAUCCUCGCUCGACCACCCUCAAGGCGAAUCUGAAAGAGCGUCUCGAUGCCGACACAUUCGCUACAUUCGAGCGCGCCGAAGCAUGCCAUGCAAAUGGAAUGGAGAAUCUCCCACUCUUUGCCACUGCUGUAAUUCUUGGUAAUGUGGCCGGCUUGAAGAAGGAAGGUCUUGGAGGUAUGAAUGGAUUUGCAGGGCUAUAUCUCGCCUUGAGGCUAGCAUACACCAGUGUGUAUCUUACCCAUACGACGCAAGGCCCGACUCUUCUGCGAAGCGGGCUUUGGAUUGCUAGUGUUGGACUCUGCUUCAGAGUUAUCUUCAAGGCCGCAAAGGCUCUCGGUGGCGCGGGUCUCUAGAGUACCAGUCGGGCGCUGGAUUUAAGGAAAUCAAGCGAUGGAAUGAUAAGAGCAUCUACGAAUAAAAUGGCGAAACAGUCAAGGGCUUGCUUCGUUCAGGGCAAGAGGGUUAACCCUAACCAAGGAGGGACUUUUCUAUCUGUAGAGUACAAAUAAAAUGGAUCGAGAAUAGCAAUGGCUCGGAGUUGUGUGCUGUCACCCAUCUAAACAACCCCGUCAUGAAUUCCAAUCACGACAAGCUUUCCGUAGGGAAAUUCAGAUAUUGUG